GUACAUCAACCCAGCGGACUCCAUUGCCAACGUCAACGACAGCCUGCGCGAGAGGAAGGUCGAGUGGCAGGCGCUGAAGGAGCAGUUCAAGGUGGAGCUGAAGGUGGAGUUCCCCAACGCGUCGGAGGAGCGCCUGCAGGGAGACCGAGCCCCCCGAGCCCGCGGUGUUCCCGACCUCGCGGGCGAUCUCCUGCGUCUGCUCACGGACCCUGCGAGGCACCCCUCCGUGUGGACGGUCGAGCACAGGGUGCUCUGCCCGGGUCUUGUCCUUGUGGCGAGGGCGGCGCGGGGCGUCGGUGCGGCGGAGCCGUUCGACGAGCGCCCGGACCUUGCCUCUUGUCCCGCGGGCACGGUCUGGCCAGCGUCUGGGGCGGCCUGCGUCCGCUGA